CGAUAUAUAUGAUGCAGUCGUCGGCAAGAAACAUGGAAAUCAUUCCCUUUGUAUCCUCCUCCAUAUUCAUCUGCAUUCCUUUUGGAUUUUGCAAUCCUUUCCCGUUUGUGUUUUUUUCAAUCACCAAGUCGAAAAAUGACCAACCAAGCGACCAUGAACGGCCUCGGCGAUCCAAAGGUUCAUUUCGUUUUUGUUCCUUUUAUGGCCCAAGGACACAUGCUUCCCAUGAUUGAUCUAGCCCAGAUGCUUGCGAAGCGUGGCGUGCUUGCAACUGUGAUCACGACACCCCUCAACGCCUCCCGAAUCAAGAACACCAUCGACCGUGCAGGGGAGGCCGGCCUGCCGAUCCGUUUCGUCCCACUACGAUUCCCUUGUGCAGAAGCUGGCCUACCCGAAGGCUGCGAGAACGUGGAUGUCGUCCCUUCGGGAGAACUAGCACAGAACUUCUUUGAAGCGACUAGCUUACUAGGACAGCCGCUUGAAGCAUAUCUCCGAGAACAGCAGCCCUAUCCGAGCUGCAUCGUUUCGGAUUUUUGCAACCCAUGGACUCGGGAGGUUGCUUCCAGGCUCGGAGUACCAUUGUUCACAUUCUACGCGAUGUGCUGCUUCUAUCUCCUAAGCGCAUCUAACAUUCUUCGCCAUGGCAUCCACGAUGCCAUCGCUGAUGAGACGGAGCCUUUUGUGGUGCCUGGUCUGGCGCACACGAUCGAGGUAACGAAGGCCCAAGCUCCAAGCCUUUUCCCUGGAACCGAGUGGGAGAAGAUGCGUGAAGGCAUAAGCGCGGCAGACCGAGCGGCCGAUGGCAUAGUGGUGAACAGUUUCAGCGAACUGGAGCAAUGGUACGUGGAGAGGUACCAAGAAGUCAUGGGGAAGAAAGUUUGGGCCCUCGGGCCGCUCUCUCUCUGCAACAAAGAUGCAGCUGAUACGGCUGCUCGGGGGAAGGAGGCAUCCAUCGACAAGGAUCGAUGCUUGAGAUGGCUCGACUCGAUGAAGCCGAGGUCGGUAGUUUAUGUCAGUUUUGGUACCCUGACACAUGUGUCACCUUCCCAAAUCAUCGAGGUAGGAGCCGGCCUGGAGGCUUCAAACCAUCCAUUCAUUUGGGUAAUCAAAGAAGUCGAGAGCUCGCCAGAAGUGGAGAUAUGGCUGUCGGGGGGGUUCGAAGGGAGGACGAGUGCGAGGGGUCUUAUCAUAAAGGGGUGGGCGCCCCAGGUGAUGAUCCUCUCUCACCCUGCGGUUGGAGGAUUCCUGACACAUUGCGGGUGGAACUCAUCGAUGGAAGCCAUCUCGGCAGGGGUGCCAAUGAUAACGUGGCCCUUCUUUGGAGAUCAGUUUCUCAAUGAGAGGUUGAUCGUGGAUGCUCUGAGAACCGGAAUCAUGGCUGGGGUCAAAAAUCCCUGGAUCUGGGGGACUGUUAGCAACGAAGCGUCUGUGAAGAGAGAUGGUGUAGAGAAGGCAGUGCGCAGCUUGAUGGAUGUAGGGGAGGAGAGGCAACGGAGAAGGGAAAGAGCUACGGAACUAGGAGAGAAGGCCAGGAAGGCUGUGGAGGAAGGAGGAUCGUCGUAUGCAAACAUGACGCUCUUGAUCGAGUACGUACGCGACAAGCUGCAGCAGUCUCGCAACCCUCUUGGUUCUUCCGACCACUAGAGCUUCGAGCAUUCCUGCUGCAGCUCUCUAAUCCUAAUCGCCGUUGUUCCCUACUCCAUGUUCCUGUAUCCAUGUCUAUGAACUUGCCGGCUUUAUUUGCGCUGCGUACUGUAUCUGAAUUAUUUCGUGCGAGAAUACGGCAUUACUUAAAAUUCAGUAGUACAUCAAUACAACCAAAACAAUAUACUUGA